GAAACAGGAAGCUCUGGUUAGUACCUAACCAUUCGACUGAAGUAUUCACACCUACUGAAUAAAGAACAACGGAGGCUGCAAUCAUGGAUUAUCUGUUGCUGCUUAUGAUUCUUUUCCGUUUACGCAAAGGUGCAACAUUGACAGCAGACACAACUGUAAAGAUGGAGCAAAACCUAACACUGAAAUGCGAGUGCCCUUGGUCAGGUAAUCUGAGCCAGAUUAACUGGGAAAGAAAGUCAGACUCUAAAAAAGAACUGGUUGCUGUUUAUAAUAAACAACAUGGCUUGACGUUUUCCAACAAAUACGAAGCAAGAAUUGUGUUCCUGAAUUCAUCGUCGAUGGAUGGGAGCAUCACUAUCAUAAAUGCCUCAGCUGAAGAUCUAGGUCUUUAUCAAUGCUCUAUACAAACGUUUCCAAAAGGAUCAUGGAUAAAACAUCUCCUGGUGGAGAAUUCAGAUGGAUUUGGUAACAGAAAUUCUGAUUCUGAGGAGUUAGUAGAGAAAGGUCAUCAUUUCAUGCUAAGAUGCCACUAUGUUCUGAAUGGAACCGUUUACCGUGUGGCCAUUGAAAGGAUUGGAGAGAAACAUAAAGACACUAUAGCUCUCUGCAGUUUCUCUGAUGGAAAAAUCAUUGGACCCGAUUAUAAAGAACGGACACUGGUAAACUGCAGCAGACCACUAAGUAUCAACCUGCUGUUGAUGAAUAUAACCAUUAACGAUGAAGGGGUUUACCGGUGUCUCUUCAGCACUGACCGGGGAAACCACACAACAACUAUAUCUUUGAGUGUGAGAAAAGAAAUAAAUGAGUUUAUGAAAAUAAUACUCACCUAUGUAGGAGCUGGAGCUGGCGGGCUGGUUGUUUUCGCAGUGCCCAUCAUUGCUACGGUGGUGGUGUGUCAGAAAAGGAGGCGGAAGAAAAUAAUGAGAAAUAGAGCCAAGCUAGAUGUUCCAAAAAGACGGCAAAUGAACAACUACGAACAUGCAGCUGUCUAUGACAGAAUGACAAAACCCCCAAGUCGUCAAAACAAAGAGGGCAUUUAUGUAAAUUUUCAGAAACCUCCACACCGGACAAAGAAGAAAACAUGAGUUUGCUGACUGUGUAACUUUUUACCCACAGUAUAUAAAACCCAUCCAUCAUACAUCUUUGUGAGUUGUGAUGAACUGUCUAGAUGAUUGCUUUCAUUCGUAAGAGAUUGUGUAUGUUUAUCUGUGGACAAAACAUUCCCCAAAUUAUAUUUGUGUAUACAAAAAUAAAAAAUAAAAAGCAAGAAAUCUGUUGAAGACAUGCGUCAGCAGGAUGUAAUAAAACACCAAUACAGUACUUAUUGUUUAAAACGUGUUAAACAGCAUUUAGACUGAUUAGACUGUGUUUACCCUUGUACAUUUGACCAGUUUACCACUGUACAUGUGCACAGUAAUUCUGCAGCUUCCCUAUGCUUUUCCAUUGCCUAUACUAUCCAUUUAUCAUAGUCUACUAUAGUUUGCCAUGUUUCUUAAUAUGUUAUAACAUACCUGUCUGGGCUUUACAAUGUUUACCAGAGCUUUCAAUAUACUUUAUUACACUUUUCUAUUCUUUUAAUAUUGGAAACUUUUAUAAUGGAAAAAUGAAAACAAAUCCAUUGUAGAUUUCAGGGUUUUUUUAUUUUUAUUUUUAUUUACUGGCUGUCUGACUGUUGCUUGGACAAGAUAAAAGGGGUAGCCAGUGUGGUCCAGACAAUGGGCACCCAACUCUGAGACAAAGUCUUAAAGAUAGUGUUCUACUGAUAGGGGGCAGCAGUGUGUAGUGGUGGUUAGUGCUCUGGACUCUUGACCGGAGGGUCGUGGAUUCAAUCCCUGGUGGGGGACACUGCUGGUGUACCCUUGAGAAAGGUACUUUACCUAGAUUGCUCCAGUAAAAACCCAACUGUAUAAAUGGGUAAUUGUAUGUAAAAAAUAAUGUAAUUGUAUGUAAAAAUAAUGUGAUAUCUUGUAACAAUUGUUAGUCGCACUGGAUAAGGGCGUCUGCUAAGAAAUAAAUAAUAAUAAUUAAUAUGUAUAACCUACUUACACUGAGAAUAUCUCUUAUAUAGAUUUAAUGAGUCUAUAUUGUAAGGCAGCAGGGAGGGGGUUCAAUCCUCCCUGCAGGAAAACAUGUGCAUAGGCACAUUUUUGGUUUAAUUGUUUUGUUAAUUGUUUUAUUGUUAAUUAUCACUUGCACCUGGCUAUGAUUGUAAAUUAGAGCCAGGUGCAGGGUAUAUAAGGAGAGCAGUUAGUCUGCUCAUGGCUGUUGAUGUGUGUGGAAGCCAUAAACAAAAAGGAAAAGGUUGUGUAAAGCCUUUUGGUGUGAUCUGUGUGAAAACAGUGUGUGUUGUUUUGUUUAUUUUGCUACAGGUAAACAGCUUAGCUGUCCUGUUUUUUUUAGUUUAGGUUCCUGUUAUGUUUAGUUAGUGCUCAUAAAAGAGCCAGGUGUUUGUUUUGUUUAUUUUGUUUUUGUGUUGUUCAUUAAAAAUAGCGCAACCACGCUUUAAA